UCCAGGUGAAUUUUUAUUUUUCCAUGAAGAUAUAUGCUCAGCCGAUAAAUGUCCCACGGCUGGGCACAGAUCUUUCAUCAAAGAGAAGGAAUCAGGGCUUCAACCAAUUAGGAUACAGCUGGAUUAUAUUAAAUGCAAGUUUGCGGACAUCGAGCGCAGCGAUUUGCUCAAGAGUGCGUGAAACUGCAAUGCUUGGAAUGGUGCCGGCGGCCUUGACAAAGGCAGAGGUAGCUGUAGCUGUCGACACCUCUCCGCGGCAAGCUUUACACUAUGGCAAGGACUUCGCAUUUCGCAACGUACGGAUAUCGAAGAUUCUGAGGGUUACUACAGUCGAAUCUCUGCCCCACUGA